AAAGCCUAUAAAAGAGAAUUUGAUCGAUAUCCCGAUCAAAAACGAUUAUUUUGCUACUGUUUUGGAAACGAAUUUAGUUUGUUUAUGGGCCUUUGCCCCUGCAUAUAUGUUAACUUCUGUUAAAGCCUGUACGUCGCCAUAUUCUUUACACCGGACCGUUUCAUAUUAAUACGUCAAAACGGUUCAAUACCAACGCAGCUGACGAAGACAAGAGUUUGUAUACAAACCAAUUUGUCUAUACAGCCCAUCAAUACAAAAUAUUGUCGGAAUCGCAAUUUGAAGCAAAACAAAUUGAAAAUUUUGCUUCUUAGCUGAUGAUGAGUAGUCAUAUUAGCUACAUAGCGGCCCCCUGCUGUAACCUGGCCUGAUAAGACACUGAGCUCGCCUGAUAAAGCAACAUGUCGUUUGUAUAUUGUAUUUAGAAGAGAAUCACUGUUGAACCAAUCAUUUGGUAUAUUCAUAGGAAAAUGUGGUUAAAUUAUUUAUUAGCUGCACUGUUAUUCAAGACAUUUGAAAACAUGGCUACAACUGCUGAAACUUUGGAUUAUAAUGUGAAGCCAAAUUUAACAAGUAUUUCUUGGGCACAUGCUGUUAAUAGCCAAGGUUUUCUCUCAGAAGUAUUAAAUGGCAAUGUAAAUUUCAUUGAAGCCGAUAUAUCAAUGGGUUUCCUAGAAGACGAUAUAUUGAAUCAAAACUUAAUUCCUAUAAUGGCCCACCCACCAGCAAUAAAAUCUGAUUUAUCACUGAAAGGCUUUCUUGACCAAGUGUUAGCUUUUAACAUGAUUGCCAAUACAAGCCAUGUUAAGGGAAUAAAGCUAGAUUUCAAAUCGAUUGAGGCAUUUGAACAAUCAAUUGAAAUUAUUCAAUCACGUUAUAAUACGCUCAAAUUCACUACAUGGAUUAACGCAGAUAUAUUAUCCGGUCCAGUCAAUAACAUUGCGACCCUCCCUGUUGAUCCUGUACGAUUCUUUGAUGCAGUAAAGCACCUUGAACGUGUAGUAUUAUCUAUUGGUUGGACAACAAAAUGGAGUAACGAUGAUGCAGAAGGCCAAUACACUGAUGCUAACAUCCAGGAAAUGAUAAAAACUAUUAAAAUGAACGGUAUAGACAUUGCUGGCAAUGAUAUCACGUUUCCAAUUCGUGCCGGAAUCGCUGCGAAUAGCCUUAAAGAAAUGAUUAAUUUAUACUGUGCUCUAAAUAAUACUAAUUCAGUCACAUUCACUAUUUGGUCCAGCGCUGAUGAUGCAGUAAAUGUAGAUAAACUGAGAGAGCUUAUAUUUACUAUGGGACUGGACAAAAUGUAUGUGGAUGUACCUGACCAGUUAGAAAAACAGCUUAACUUGAAUGUUGAUCCAUUUAAAAACACCUGUAAAAAAGUGAUUGAUGCCAGAUGUCAUCAUGAUUGAACAGCAGUAAGAUAAGGCUGCAUUACGACGGGUAGAUCUUUCGAAGAAAUGUGACUUGCAUAAUCACAUGUUCAGCAAACCAUUUGCUAUUUCUUUUGCUGAAAGAUGUGUCCAGGACAAUACAUUAUUAUUAUAAAAAUAGAUUUAUAUGUAGUUUACAAAAAAUGUUUUAUCUUUCUUAUGAACAAAAGGUAUUUAAAUCUCCUAGUCUGUGAAAAUUUAUUUUAUGAGUAAGGUAUAAUAUACCAAACAAUACCGUAAUUUGGUCGGAGUCUCGCUAGACCUUUUCCGUCCUUUGAACCAUUUUGCUCUCAGCUCUUCGAAAGCUAUCAGAAUGCACUUCGUCCAUUCAGGUUUUCUUUUCUUAUUUUGCCUUCAAAGCUUCGUAUAUAAGGAAAGAGGGGAAUCGACUACAAUUUUCUUCAUCUUUUGUUGGGUAUUCUAUGGUACUAUUUUUGAAGCUGGUACUUAUUCCGCUUGUAUUUGCAUUGAUCUUGCAAAAGAACCAGAAGUUCAAAAUUUUUAACUGAGUUUUAUAGCACCAAAUGUCCUAAAGAAAACAAACUAAGUUUUGGGCAUCCAAAUCUAUUUUUUCAUUUUGAUAAUUUUAAACAUUUUCAAAUUAUUUUAAAUCAGCACCUCAUCAAAUUAAUUACGAACAAACGCUAUGUGCUAUGCAGCAGCUUUGCCAAAGACACCAUAAAUUUAAACCGAAAGAUAGGCAUAAAACGCACGAAUUUUGGGUUACCCCCUUUUGGUUACCAGUUACCCCGCUGGACUUACUCCACCUUUUUACGAAAAUGCUGGGUAAAUGCAAGG